AUGAAAGUCCAAUUCAUUACCAUCUUUGUUAUCGCACUUCUGGCUUUGGCGAGUUACACUCAAGCACAAACCUGCAAAGUUUUUCUCCGAGGAAAUUUUAGGCACCAAACUGGUGAUGGAAUGAACUCUGGCUGUUUUGGACUUGAUGAAACUGAUCCUACUAAAACUAUCCUUGUUGGCAGAGCCGUGACUAGCUGGACUCUCUUCUCUGGUAUUAACUGCGCCAGAGGAUCUGAAAUUGCUUCCGGGGUUGCUG